AAGAGGCUUCCUCUGAUCUGACUUUGUCCCCACAUGGGGUUUUUGAAAUGCUCAGAGGAAAUCUGAUUGGUUCUUACAAAUGCUGUGUAAAAGUUCUUUUGUUAAUAAAAAUGGCCUGGGCCAGGGGGUGGCAAGCGCACUUUCUCCCAGAGGUCUUGCUGGUCUAUUGUAUUAAUCAGGGUCCAGUCCUUCCUUUACCUUCAGAACGCAACACUUCCUUUCUCCCACAACUCACAGCCACCACUGACUUCUCCCCACAGCCUCCAGUUGUGGAACACCUAUCUACACCCCCAAUGCCAGGGUAGUGAAUGGUGAAGAUGCCAUCCCUUACAGCUGGCCUUGGCAGCAAAUCUCGGACAUAUCAAGUUGUGGUAGGUGAAUAUGACAUGGAUGCAGAAGAAGGAAGUGAGCAGCGCAUUCCUGUGAACUCCAAUGACAUCUUUGUGCACCCCAAAUGGAUCUCCAUUUGUGCCGCCUGUGGCAACGACAUCGCCCUGAUGAAGCUGUCCCGCGCCGCGGAGCUGAGCAACACAGUGCAGUUGGGGUGCCUCCCCCCCGCAGGGGAAGUGUUGCCUAAUGAUUACCCCUGUUACAUCAGCGGCUGGGGACGGCUGUACACGAACGGCCCCCUUCCAUCCAAACUCCAGCAGGCCAUUCUUCCAGUGGUGGACAACCAACACUGCAACCAGAAGGACUGGUGGGGAGGCGUCAUCCGGCAAAACAUGAUCUGCGCAGGAGGGGACAUCCGUGCCGGCUGCAACGGCGACUCUGGCGGCCCCCUGAACUGCAAGGCUGCUGACGGGAGAUGGGAGGUCCAUGGCAUCGCCAGCUUUGUCUCCGCCUUGGGGUGCAACGCCUUGAAGAAACCCACCGUCUUCACCCGCGUCUCCGAUUUCGAGACCUGGAUUCAGGAAACCAUCACUAACCAUUCAUGAUGACCUGACCUGCCUUUUGCGGGACCCCUCUUAGUCCCAGAAUAAAAAGCAGCUGAGAUAUAUCUCA